CUGCAAUAAAGUUUAGAGAGAGAGAGUGAGAAAGAGAGAGAAAUGGCCCUUCAAUUGGUCCACUAAAGUCCAUUGCCGGAAAUCUCCCACUCAAUCCCCGUUUCCGGCAGGUUUCUCCGGUUAAACUUUGCCGCACCUACUCCAAUUUUUUCUCUAUAAGGCUCAGGCGAAGUGUUUUCUCGCAUUUGAGCUUUGUCAUUUCUUCUCAGAUCGAAAUAGCUUCUACUCCUACACCAAAAUCCACCUUUUUUUCUCUGACCUCAACACAAAAAAAACGCUCUCUCUUCCUUAUUCCUUUCCUUCGCUUUUAGCUUUCGGAAAAGCGCUUAUACCCAGUGUGAUUUGGGGGCUUCCUCGGGGGGUGUGUGUGUUGCUUUUGUUAAUGUCGGGUUAAUUAGGGUGUUUUUAUUAAUUACUUGUUCUAGGUUUUUCUGCAACCCUUCAGAGCUGAAAUGUGGCGAAGCGCCACUUUUUCUAUCUAAGUUUUCGAGGAUUUGGGUUGUUUAACGGAAUUGAAGAAUUAGUUACAGUUUCAGCUCAAUUUCAUAUUCAGCUUAUCGCUUGUUUAUUUUAGGUUUCCUUUUUCGAAGGGGGGGAAUUCAGGGGUUGUUUGUGUUGAGUUUUUGUCAAUGCCUUAACUUAACUCGUCCGAUUUCUUCGAAAAUGAGGAGUGUUGUAAGCCUUGUGUUUCUUUCGUUUUUCAUUUGCUUAUCUCCGCUUUUAGUGAAUUCGUUGAGUCCGUCAUUGAAUGACGAUGUUCUGGGAUUAAUUGUGUUCAAAGCUGAUGUUAAAGAUCCUGAUGGGAAAUUGGAUUCGUGGAAUGAAGAUGACGAUAGCCCAUGUAACAAUUGGGUUGGAAUCAAAUGCAACCCCAGAUCCAACAGAGUCUCUGAUCUUGUCCUUGAUGGCUUCGGCCUCUCGGGCAAGCUCGGGAGGGGUCUUCUUCAAUUGCGAUUUCUGCGGAAGUUGUCGCUUGCCAACAACAAUUUUACCGGGAGCUUGAGCCUCAACUUUGCUGAGCUCUCUGAUCUGAGAGUCUUGGAUUUGAGUGAGAAUGGUUUGUCGGGGGAGAUUGCUAGUGAUUUCUUUAGCCAAUGUGGAUCUCUAAGAUCCGUUUCAUUGGCUAAGAACAGGUUUUCAGGGCCUGUUCCUGAGAGUCUGGGCUCCUGCUCGGCUCUUGCUUCGGUUAACCUCUCGGGUAAUCAGUUCUCUGGGGCUUUGCCAGUGGGGAUGUGGGCGAUGACGGGGCUUAGGUCGCUUGAUUUGUCUGAUAAUAUGUUGGAUGGUAUAAUUCCCAAGGGGAUUGAAGGUUUGAACAAUUUGAGGGUUAUAAAUCUGAGGGGUAAUGAGUUCUCUGGUGAAGUGCCUUAUGGGAUUGGGAACUGUAUGUUGUUGAGGUCAGUAGAUUUGAGUCGAAAUUCGUUCUCUGGUGGGCUGCCAACAACAAUGCAGAAGCUUUCAUUGUGCAACAAUCUAGCUUUAGGUAGCAAUGAGCUGACAUGGGAGGUUCCUGAGUGGAUUGGGGAAAUGAGAAGCCUUGAGAACCUGGAUCUUUCGGAGAACAAUUUUACCGGCCAACUUCCGGUUUCUCUGGGGAAGCUUCAAUCGUUGAAGAUUCUUAAUGUAUCUAACAAUGCCCUCACUGGGAGCUUGCCUGAAUCCAUGAGCAAUUGUUUAAACCUUCUGGCUUUUGACAUUAGUCAUAAUGCCUUUACGGGUGAUGUCCCUUUAUGGGUGUUAGGACUUGGUUUGCAGCAAGUUCUGUUUUCAGGCAACAGAUUGAGCGGUAGCAUUCAUAAUGUCUUAGCCUCUUCACCAGAGAACUCUCAGAAAAAGCUUUUGGUCUUGGAUGUCUCCGGAAAUGUGCUAUCUGGCUCAAUUCCAGCUGCCCUUGGGAAUUUUGGCAGCUUGCAGUUAGUAAAUUUUUCCAGAAACUCACUCGUUGGCGGGGUUCCAUCAAGUAUUGGACAACUGAAAUUAUUAAAUUUUCUGGAUUUGAGUGAGAAUGGGUUGAAUGGAAGCAUUCCUUCGGAGAUUGGAGGACUAACAUCCCUUGAGGAACUAAGACUCGAGAAGAACGCACUGGGGGGCAACCUUCCUUUGUCAAUUGGAGAUUGCAGUUCACUUACAUCCUUGUAUCUCGCUCAUAAUGAAAUAACUGGUCCUAUUCCUGCUUCCCUUUCAAAGCUCUCUAACCUUCAAGCUGUUGACCUCUCUUUCAACAAACUGACUGGAGCCCUACCAAAGCAGCUGGCAAAUCUUGUGCGCCUUCAGUUAUUUAAUGUUUCACACAACCAGCUACAAGGUGAACUUCCAGCUGGUAGUUUCUUCAACACCAUUGAUCCAUCAUCUGUAUCAGAAAACCCGUCUCUUUGCGGAUCGGCUGUCAAAAGAACUUGCUCCAAAGUCCUUCCCAAACCUAUUGUCCUCAAUCCAAACUCUACUGAUGAUACGACACCUACUACCGUUGCUCCAAGCUUUGGCCGUGGAAAGAAGAUCCUCAGCAUUUCUGCCCUAAUAGCUAUCGGUGCAGCAGCUGCCAUCGUGAUUGGUGUUAUUACCAUCACUGUUCUUAACCUUCGUGUACGUUCUUCCAUGUCUCGCUCUGCAGUAGCUCUUACUUUCUCAGGCGGGGAUGACUUCAGCAAGUCGCCUUCCACGGAUGGAAGUUCUGGGAAGCUCGUCAUGUUCUCGGGUGAUCCUGACUUUAGCACGGGGGCGCAUGCCCUUCUAAAUAAAGAUUGUGAACUUGGCCGUGGAGGAUUUGGGGCCGUCUACCGGACUAUGCUUAAGGAUGGACGCUCUGUUGCCAUCAAGAAACUCACUGUGUCUAGUCUUGUCAAGUCUCAAGAAGAAUUUGAGAGGGAAGUGAAGAAAUUGGGCAAAGUUCACCAUUCCAAUCUUGUUGCACUUGAUGGUUAUUACUGGACUCCCUCAUUGCAGCUUAUCAUUUACGAAUUCGUCUCUGGUGGGAAUCUUUACAAGCAUCUCCAUGAAGAAGGCGAAAACUACCUGUCGUGGAAUGACAGGUUCAACAUCAUUCUUGGUGCUGCAAAAGGGUUGGCUCAUUUGCACGAGAUGAACGUGAUUCACUACAACUUGAAGUCGAGCAACAUACUGAUUGACAGCAACGGAGAAGCUAAGGUUGCAGACUACGGCCUAGCAAGGCUGCUGCCAAUGCUGGACCGGUAUGUCCUAAGCAGCAAGAUCCAGAGCGCUCUUGGUUACAUGGCUCCCGAAUUCGCAUGCAAAACUGUCAAGAUUACUGAGAAAUGUGAUAUCUAUGGUUUCGGCAUACUGAUCCUGGAGGUAGUGACCGGAAAGAGGCCAGUCGAGUACAUGGAGGACGACGUGGUGGUGCUCUCAGACAUGGUGAGAGGAGCGCUUGAAGAGGGGAAGGUCGAGGAGUGCGUCGAUGGGAGGUUGCAAGGGAAGUUCCCGGCUGAGGAGGUGAUCCCAGUGAUGAAACUGGGUCUGAUUUGCACUUCUCAGGUGCCAUCGAACAGGCCCGACAUGGCAGAAGUGGUUAACAUAUUAGAGCUCAUCAGAUGCCCCUCAGAAAGUCAGGAUGAGUUGGGAGAUUCAAGCUAACUGUUAGGUGAUCAAAAUGUGCAAGUCAAGAAGAAAUCUGUAUUCUUUCUACCUUUCCAUUGUAAUUUGGCAGAAUUUUUGUUAGAUCUGUAAUUCCUUUCCUCCUCCAUUGUUGCACUUGGGAAUUCGAAUUUAUUUUGCCGUUUUUGAACGUUUAUAGGGUAAACGGUAGAUUUUGUCUCA